AUGUCUGGAGGAGACAUGGCCAAACCCCUCCUGAGCCAUGGGAGCAUGGAGGGUGACCCCAGCAUCAUGCCUGCGGCCGGCCGCACCAUUGGGGUGCUGGGAAGCGGGGACUUUGCGCGGUCCUUGGCCAUCCGCCUGGUGUGCUCCGGGUUCAAGGUGGUGGUCGGGAGCCGCAACCCGAAGCGCAAAGCUGGCCUCUUCCCUUCUGCAGCAGAAGUCACCUUCCAAGCUGAGGCGGUGAAGAAAGCGGAUGUCAUUUUUGUGGCGGUUUUCAGGGAACAUUACUCCACCCUCUGUGACCUGGCUGAUGUGUUGGUGGGUAAGAUCCUGGUGGACGUUAGUAACAACACCGAGAUCAACCAUCACAAAGAAUCCAAUGCCGAAUACUUGGCUUCCCUGUUCCCAGCUUGCACCGUGGUCAAGGGGUUUAACGUGGUUUCUGCGUGGACGCUGCAGUCCGGUGCCAGGGAUGGAAAUAAGCAGGUUCUGAUUUGCUCAAAUAGCCAGGAAGCCAAGCGCACUGUAGCAGAAAUCGCUCAAGUCAUGGGAUUCACCCCUGUAGACAUGGGCUGCAUGUCGUCAGCCUGUGAGAUUGAGAACAUUCCCCUGCGCCUCUUGCCAGCCUGGAAAAUCCCCAUCUUUUUGGCUCUGGGGCUCUUUCUUUGCUUCUUCACUUACAACCUGAUCCGGCAGGUCAUCCACCCUUACAUCAGGGAGCAGAAGAACAAGUUGUACAAGAUCCCCAUCGAAGUGGUCAACACAACGCUGCCUUGCGUGUCCUAUGUCAUGCUGUCUCUCGUCUACCUGCCUGGGGUGCUGGCAGCCUGCUCGCAGCUCUACUACGGCACCAAGUACAGGCGUUUUCCAGAUUGGCUCGACCAGUGGCUCCAGCACCGAAAGCAGAUUGGCCUCCUCAGCUUCUUCUGUGCGGCUCUGCAUGCCGUGUACAGCCUCUGUCUGCCCAUGCGCCGCUCCCACCGCUACCAGUUAAUCGAGACGGCCGUCAAGCAGGCUGUGGAGAAGAAGAUGAAUAUCUGGGUAGAGGAGGAAGUCUGGAGGAUGGAGAUUUAUAUCUCCGUUGGAAUAAUUGCCCUGGGCUUGCUGUCGUUACUUGCCAUCACUUCACUUCCAUCCAUCGCAAACUCUCUCAACUGGCGGGAAUUCAGUUUCAUUCAGUCUGCCCUUGGAUUCGUCGCCUUGGUAAUCAGCACUCUGCACACACUCACGUACGGAUGGUCGAGGGCCUUCGAUGAGAACCAGUACAAAUUCUACCUCCCUCCCACCUACACCCUCACGUUGCUCGUCCCAUGCACUGUGAUCCUAGCAAAAAUCAUCUUCAGUUUGCCCUGCAUCCAGCAAAGACUUCUGCGAAUCAGGAGGGGCUGGGAGAAGGGGAGAUACGUGAAGUUUGUUCUGCCCAGCGCAACAGGGGAAUAUGCAAGUGGGGAGACCUCUAGCAAUGUCUAACGGAGCCCCGGCUGUGACAGAGGAUUUCAAAGCACUAUCAACAUUUCUAUAAAGG